UUUCAAUCUACUCCCCCGAUAUCCCUCGCUUGAGUCUCUCUAUUCAACAUGUGGAACCGAAGCAAAACACGUCUUUGGACCACCCACUUACCCCGUUUUACAACUCUUUACCUAGCCUUCUUUCUGUACCGCCUGACCAGCACCGUCGCCGGUGGCUCGCCGUCUCCUUACACCGCGGUUGAUAAUAUUCUCCUCAACUGUGGCUCUUCCGGAAAUUCAACUGCUUUAGACGGUCGGACCUGGGUUGGAGACGUAAAUUCAAAGUUCUCCCCCCUUGAACAGUCACAAAACCAGGCAUCUUUAACGGCCAGCGCAGUCCAACAAUCCCCCUCUGCCGUCCAAGUACCCUAUGCCACUGCCCGGCUCUCUCUCUCCGCAUUCACCUACAUGUUCCCGGUCACUGCCGGCCAAAAAUUCAUUCGACUAUACUUCUACCCGGCUUCGUACCCAAAUUUUGAUCGCUCUAAAGCCCUCUUCUCUGUCAAAGCUGGUCGCUUUACUCUUCUCAGUAACUUUAACGCUUCACUCACAGCAGAUGCCGAUGGUGAUCCCGGGGACAUCAUAUUCAGAGAAUACUGUGUCAACAUCGAGGAGGAUCAGAGGUUGAGCAUAGCCUUCACUCCGAGCGUUUCUAAUUCAUAUGCUUUCAUCUGCGGAAUUGAAAUCCUGUCGAUGCCUUCCAAUCUCUAUUACCCUCCGUCUGACAAUGAAGGGCUUUUUUUUAUUGGCCAGCAGAAUCUGUACCACAUUGAUAACGACACUGCUCUGGAGAUGGUAUACAGAGUAAAUGUUGGAGGCCGCUCCAUCUCACCCGCUGAAGACACUGGCAUGUUCCGAGGCUGGAGUCAGGACGACAAUUACUUGACACAAUAUAAACAGCUUGUUCUACCUUUUAACGAUACUAUUCAACUAAAGUUUACCAAGGUACCUGCGUACACUGCACCAGAAGAAGUCUAUCAGACUGCCCGGACUAUGGGGACGAACAAAACUAUCAACAAGAGCUACAAUCUCACCUGGGAAUUCCCCGUAGAUUGUGGCUUUUAUUACCUCAUUAGGCUACACUUUUGUGAGUUUCAACCUGAGAUCAUUCAGCAACACGACAGAGAGUUCCUGAUUUUCAUAGCAAAUCAAACCGCGGAGGAAGCAGCCGACGUGAUAAAAUGGAGUGGUGGAAAUCGUGUUCCGGUAUAUAGAGACUACGUAGUUGCUAUGUUCGGCAAAGAAGGCGUGAAGAAAAUGAAGGUCUCUAUCGCAUUACAAGCAAACCGGCAAGACUGGAAGACUUCUUACAAUGAUGCAAUCUUGAACGGUGUCGAAAUCUUUAAAGUAAGCGUCUUUAAUGGCAAUCUCGCCGGACCCAAUCCAGAUCCACUUCCGUUGACCUCUCGAAAUGCUGCGCCACCAGCACCACCAACGAAGUCGAAGAAUAACAGAAGAGCAAUAAUUGCCGUUGUUGGCGGUGGAGUUUUCGGCUUUGUUGUGCUGUCGAGUCUCGGGUUCUUGAUUUUACGGCGGCGCCAGAGAGCUCGCGAUGGUGGUACUACAUGGUGGGGUCCAUUUUCUUUCCCUAUGACCAAGUCAACGAAAACCCACAGGUCAUCUCUAUCGUCCGCUCUGAGUGUCGUUUACGUCUCAUUACCUGAGAAGAUUAGAGCAGCCACCAACAACUUGGACGAAGACGAAGAAGUUGCAAUGACCAAGCUCAACCAUGGCGGCAUUGGCGUACAGCAGCAACUGGCUCAAGAAAACAAGCAAACACAGCAAACGCAGAACCAUUCAAAGCCUUUCGAAGCAAAUCCAGUAUACUACGCAGCCCUAAGAGAAUUCAUCUUCGACACUAUGCACUGGCUUGCCCUCUACCUCUCCUUCCUCCAUCUCCACCUAACCCAGGCUGUCACAGAAACCCCGCCACCCUACGCUGCCAACGACUAUUUACUCCUCGAUUGUGGCUCGUCCUCCAAGUCAACGUCGCUCGAUGGCCGUAACUGGGACGACGAUUUCAACUCAAAGUUCUCACCCCCAAAUAUACAAACCACAUCAAUUGCAUCUACCCCCUCCCAACACCACGACCCUUCUGUUAACCAAGUCCCCUACAUGACUGCACGCAUCUUUCACCACAAGUUCACCUACUCCUUCCCUGUCUCGCCUGGCCUGAAGUUCGUCCGUCUCUACUUCUUCCCGGCCACCUACUCCGGACUCGACAAAUCCAAGUCCUUCUCCUUCGUCACCGCCAAUAACUUCACCCUCUUAAGCAACUUCAGUGCCUUCCUUACCGUCUCUUCGUUAAAUCCUCCCGUAGCCUCCUUUAUCAAAGAAUUCAUAAUCCCUGUGUUAUACACUCAGUUUCUCAACAUAACCUUUAUUCCAUCUCCUAGCUCUUACGCCUUCAUUAAUGGUAUAGAGAUUGUUUCUAUGCCAAACAAUCUCUAUAUGUACAAUAGAGAUUAUGUAAUCACCUUGGUAGAUUACAACAGUCGUUCAUUCUAUUUCAACGAAACCACUGCUCUUGAGACUAUGUAUAGACUAAACGUGGGGGGCAAGGAUGUCUCGGGCGUAGAGGAUACUGGGAUGUUCCGGACUUGGAGUCAGGACUCACAGUAUCUGUUUGGCCAGAUGAUUGGGCUGACGCCGUACCGGUCUAAAGCCACGAUACAGUAUACGACGGACACACCGGCCUACACAGCGCCGAAGAUUGUGUAUCAAACUUCUCGCACAAUGAGUCAGAAUCCUACGGUUAACUUGAAUUCCAACCUCACGUGGAUCUUCACGGUUGAUGGCGGGUUUAACUAUCUUUUUAGGCUUCACUUUUGCGAAACUCAGGAGGAGGUGGAAACGAACCUAAGGGUUUUUUACAUAUUCAUCAAUAAUCAGACGGCACAGGUACAAGCGGAUGUGAUUGAAUGGAGCGGCGGUACCGGAAUUCCUGUAUACAGAGAGUAUGUUGUGGUCCCAAGUAUAAACAAGGGGAAACAAGAUUUGUGGCUUGCGCUACACCCUGACUUGGAUAUGUCACCACGUCCCAGAUUCGACAAUGCCAUCUUGAACGGUGUGGAAAUAUUUAAGUUGAACCGAUCAGACGGUAGUCUUGCUGGCCUCAACCCGGAAAUGGAGGGGGUUACCAUACCCCAUGCCCCGAAACCCGAAACAAAACUAACGGCGAGGAGAAAGAGGUUGUUGCCAUUGAUAGCCAUUAUUAUUGGUGGUCCAAUUUCUGUUGUUGCUCUAGUAUGUAUUCUUGGUUUAGUGGCUUUCCGGCUGAGUAAAAGAGGCAAGGACAUGGGCUCCACCGGUGUAGCUUCAUGGCGGGGUCUAUUUCCUUUCACCAAGACCAAGUCAAGUAAGACGCAGGGCUCAUCUCUACCGUCUGAAUUAUGUCGUAAGUUUUCGUUUGCUGAAAUCAAAGCCGCCACGAACGAUUUCAAUAACGUUUUAAUCAUAGGGGUUGGAGGGUUUGGCAACGUGUAUAAAGGCUACAUUGAUGACGGGACCACCCCAGUUGCAAUCAAACGGCUGAAAUCCAGUUCAAAGCAAGGGGCUCACGAGUUCCACACCGAGAUUGCGAUGCUCUCCCAGCUUCGCUACCUCCAUCUCGUUUCUCUGAUCGGAUAUUGUAAGGAUGGCGAUGAGAUGAUCCUCGUCUAUGAUUAUAUGGCCCGUAGGACCCUCCGUGAUCAUCUGUACAAUACCGAUAAUCCUCGUCUGCCGUGGAAGCAACGGCUCGAGAUUUGUAUUGGUGCUGCGCGUGCAUUGAAUUACCUUCAUACAGGCGCGAAGCAAAUGAUCAUUCAUCGUGACGUGAAGACAACAAAUAUCUUAUUGGAUGAGAAAUGGGUGGCCAAGGUGUCCGAUUUUGGAUUGUCCAAAGUAGGCCCUAUUAGCAUGUCCAAACCCCACAUCAGCACUGUAGUCAAGGGUAGUUUUGGGUAUUUGGACCCGGAGUAUUGCAGACGUCAACAGUUGACUGAGAAGUCUGACGUGUACUCGUUUGGUGUGGUUUUGUGUGAAGUAGUGUGUGGAAGGCCACCCAUAAUGCAUAAUGCAGAGACAGCAGUGGGCCUAGCAAGGUGGGCGCAAGAAAGCUAUUGCAAUGGAAAGGUAGAGGAGAUGGUUGAUCCAUCAAUGAAGGGUGAAAUAGGGACUCGAUGCCUGAAGAAAUUUGUUGAAAUCGCGAUGAAUUGUUUGCUUGACAACGGAAUCGAACGGCCAUCAAUGAAUGAUGUGGUGUGGGGCCUUGAGUUCACAUUGCAAUUGCAAGAGAGUGCAGAUGAAGAUGUAGGGCUUGAUGUGGCUCAAACUGAGGUAAUAUUGGGUGAUGAGAAAGCUCUCUUCCCCAAGUCCACACUUGAUGAUAGUGAUGACAUGUCUAGUAGCAGCAGUGGACAGGUGUCAAGUAGUAAUUAUAGCAACAGCAGGGUGACCAUAAUGAGCAACAGAGAGCAAAGUUUUGCAAGUACCAGUCAGGAUUCGGGCAAACUGAUGUCCUCUGAGACAGAGUUCUCUGAGAUUAUGAAUCUUAGAACUAGCCGUCGGUGAAAAAAGAUAGUAGCUGAAUUUUUAUGAUGUCUUAUUUGGAGUCAUAUUGCGGACCGCGACUGGGUUUGUAAGCAAGUCAUUCUAUUUCACGUACGAGUGGAGAAAGAUGAUACAUGGUAGUGCAUGUAUCUGAUUGAAUCAC